GAUCAAUCUGGAAGUUAGUGGAUCCGUUUGCUUGAUUGUGAGUCGUAGUUUUGUGGAGUGACGCGUGUGUGCGUUUUGUUGUCGUACCUGAGACAUUGCGCAGUCUUUGAAUUGGCUUGGGUGGCAACUGUAAUCUGGGUUAUUCAAGAGUGUGAGUCUUGAUGCACGUGGAGGCAAUGAGUGGAAAGGCGCAUCAUUGCGUAUCGAACACUUAAGCGAGCAUCGCUAAAUCUGAGGAUGCAGGCUAUGUUUUUCGAUGCCUGGUUGGCCUUGAUGAGAUAGUUGUUCUGGUCGAGGACACCUGAGCAAUACUUAUUAGUUUCUGUCAUUGAACCAUGCGUCGUGACUCGCCAUUUCUCAUCGUGCUUCCAGUAGCUGCCCAGUGUGCAAUCUCUUCGUGUGAUGUGAUCGCACUUCGAGUUACUCGAUUACCUUGACCUGUUUUUCGACAGGAACUGUGCAUGGGCAUCUGUGAUGUGAUGGACUGAACAGUGGAAGACCAUUUUAAAGGUAUCCCAAAUUCCCGAAAUGGCCAAGCCAAGUCCUCUUUGUCUCUCUCUUCCUCCCUCGCCCAUGAAUGGAGUUCAGCCAGACCCACCCAUCCGAGAGCUGCGCAAUCGCUGGCCCUUUUUCAGUGAGGGCGAGUUGAAAUGGCUCUUGUCCCCCAAGAAGUCAGGCUCCAAUUUCCAUGAAGAUAUGGAGUCACAUAUGGCAUCGUCGAUCGGAAAUACCAUGCAGAAGGAUGGCAGUAAAUCCGACAUUGCAGCAGAAAAUCGUCAGGCACCGACUACUAGGGAAAGUCCGUUUGCCUUCGCCCUUGAAGAUAGUUUCGAUGCGGCGGCAACGAGCGCCCAAGCGGUUCCAGUAAUGGAUCCACGUUCUUCGUUCAGUUUUGAAAAUGAUAGGUGUGACAGUCUGGAACUACAAGCCAUCAAUGAUAUCGGCUCUCUUCGCCCACAGUCUCUGGUUUCCGAAGUUGUAGCAACUGCCUCCGGAGCAGAUGACACCCGUAUGCCGCUUGGUGUCAAUAAUCGUGCCAACAAUUUUGGUGAAUGCAAGGAUGACAAUACUUCCCUACCUACUUCAUCCUCUCAGGUUCAGAAUGGCCAUCCCAACGCCUUCUACAAGAAUCCUUUUGCGGCUGGAUUAGAAGCCAUAGCUAGUGACGACGUGCAAGAGGUUGCUUCGAUCCUCUACAAUGGCGCUGAAACAUCAAAAGGUAGAGUCAUGUUGGUAAACUCAAAGUCUGAGGAGUAUGAUAUUGCAGAUCAGUACUUCACUCCAACCAAAGAGUGCAGUGAUCAACAAGAAUUGUCACAGUCAAGUGUAGAUGUCGAAGCCGAGGAUGUGGUGGUUUUGGCUAGCGCAAUGAAGAGGGAAAGUUUCUCUUUCGAAGAGGGAACGGACAUGCGUACGUUCUCUGCAGAUGAUGUGAUCCUUGCCAUCAACUGUGGGGGGUUGCCCCUCGAUAGUGAGCCGCAUGGAAUUUCAUACAGCAAAGAUGACUAUUAUACUGGCGGUGAAGCCCUGAAAACUGAGAAGGAGAUUUCCGGAGUUCCUGAUGCACGUCUUUACCAGUCCUCUCGUUACGGGAAUUUUUCUUAUUCGUUCAGAGAUCUUCCCAACGGCAACUACUUGGUGGAUCUUCAUUUUGCCGAAAUCACGUUCAGAGAUGGACCGCCAGGAAUGCGGGUGUUCAAUGUUGCCGUUCAAGAGGAGAAGGUCAUCUCAGAAUUGGACGUGUACGAAGAAGUCGGGUCAAACAAUGCCUUGAUCCUUAGUGUUUGCACUUCAACGACCGAUGGAACUCUCUCUAUCACAUUUGAGGGACUGACCGGGAGUCCGACCAUAAGCGCCAUUUGUAUCCACUCUGCACUUCCUCCGAGUUGCACGCGACUUUCUCGGAAUUCCGCUGUGGUAAAAAAGUUAAUUGUAGGCACUGGGAAAACCCCACCAAAUACGAAACCCCUUGGUUGUGAGCACGAGUUCCUUUUAAAGGAGAAGGAGCUGUGCCAUAUCACCAAACAUACGGCUCCCCAUCAUGAGUGCAACAAUGAAACACGAAAAUCUGAUUACGAAGCCAGGGUGAAGGAGCUGACGAACGAGUGUCAAGAAGCUUGGAUAUCUCUGCAACACUCGAAUCGCGUUAAUGAUACGCUGCGUGAAGAUUUGUGCGCGAAAUCGCUUUGUGUUGAUUCUUUAGCUACUGCGGUGGAGAAUCAACUCAGCGAGAUGAACGCAAUUAAAGAACGUACUUGUCAAGAACGUCAGAGAUGGUUCACUCAAGUAGCCGCAGCUUACGAGGAGAUUGUUGCUUUGAAGAAAGAGCAACAACUACUACUAAAUAAUGCCAAUGAAUGGGUUGCCUCCUUCCCUGACCCCUCGAUUGUUACAAGAUCUGUUCAGUCCCUCUUAACCGAACACCAAGACUUGCGAAGGAAAUAUGCGAACGAAAGCUACGAACGAAAGCAACUAUAUAAUAAAGUCCUCGAGUUGAAAGGAAAUAUCCGUGUGUUCUGUAGGUGUAGGCCAUUAAGUCAAGCAGAGCUGUUGGCAAAUUCUGUCUCUGUAACAGAAUACGAAUCUGCGAGUAGCGGUGAUAUUGUCGUCCGUCACGGGGCGGCCGGGAAGAAGUUAUUCAAGUUUGAUCGUGUGUUCUCGCCUCAAGAUGACCAAUCCGAUGUUUUUGCAGACACAGCACCGGUGGUAGUAUCUGUUCUUGAUGGCUACAACGUAUGUAUUUUCGCCUAUGGGCAGACGGGGACUGGAAAAACCUGGACCAUGGAAGGUUCUACCGGAAACCGAGGCGUGAAUUAUAGAACACUUGAGGAACUGUUUACUAUAGCUGCGCAACGCAAAGGUGAAAUCAACUACGAUAUUUCCGUGAGCGUAAUGGAGGUUUAUAAUGAGCAGAUUCGGGAUCUCUUGGUUCCUGUUGCUGCUCAGGAUCAACCCACAAAGAAAUUGGAGAUCAAACAAGCUGCCGAAGGAGGUCACCACGUUCCGGGUAUAGUAGAAGCUCGAGUGACCAGCAUGGCAGAAGUUUGGAGCGUUCUUCAAGCGGGUAGUAACUCCCGAACUGUGGGUUCGACCCGUGCUAACGAUCACAGCAGCCGAUCCCACUGCAUGCUUUGUGUAAUGGUCAGAGGUGAGAAUACGAUAACCGGCGAAGUAACUAAGAGCAAACUGUGGCUGGUGGAUCUGGCUGGAAGCGAAAGAGUGGCGAAGAGCGACGCCCAGGGUGAUCGUCUCAAGGAGGCUCAGAACAUCAACAAGUCUCUGUCAGCCUUGGGAGACGUGAUCCAAGCUCUUGCAAUGAAAAGCAGCCAUGUGCCCUUCAGGAACUCGAAACUUACGCACCUGCUGCAAGACUCUUUAGGAGGGGACUCUAAGACACUGAUGUUUGUACAAAUUAGUCCUAAUGAAGCUGAUUUAAGUGAGACUCUUUGUUCAUUGAAUUUCGCAAGUCGAGUGCGAGGAGUUGAGCUGGGCCCUGCAAGAAAGCAUUUAGACUCAAAUGAGCUAUUUAAAUACAAGCAACUGGCUGAGAAGAGCAAGCAAGAGAGUAGAUUGAAGGAUGAGUUAAUCAGAAAACUCGAGGAAAAACUGCAAACUACUGAUACGAAGUUGAAGGCGAAAGACCAGAUGUGCCAAGCUCUCUCUGAGAAGCUGAAAGAGAUGGGAGAUCUCGAUGCGCAGCUCUUGAACGAGAGACGUGCGCGCCUAGUAGCUGAUGCUUCAUGUCGUGAUCAGAAGGCAACGAUGGAAAAGUUGGUAGUCGAGUCGAAACUAUCUCUGGAUAAACUUGCUGAGAAAUUAGCAUCUGAAUCGAGACACGCUAAAGAUGCAUCGGCAGCUGAAGCAAGGCAAGCAAGAGAGGCUCUUGAGUUAGUACAAUCUAAAGAAGCACUCGAAAUGGAAUUGAAGGAAGUCAAGGAAGCUCUUCACUCUGCAUCAGCUACACAUGCGAAGGAGGUCUCUAGAUUAAUGCAACAACUAAAAGCAAAUGCGAUUUGUACCACACCAAUGCAGGAAUCAACCAGAGUAAAUGGCCUUCAAACACAAGUCGAGGCCUUACUCCGAAGACCCGCACUAGUCGAGGCCGGUUCAGGUUCGCAUGCAAUAGAUAGAACACCAACUGUCGAAUACGUGGUCAAACCCCCUAACAUAAGCGAGGUGAUGAGGAACAGCUGCACUGGAGAGGUUUUCGCGAAUGAGAACGCAUAUCCUACACAAAAUACUGACGUUUCAGAUGUUCAGGUAAGGGUUAAAGGUAUUCUGAAGACCUCCAACACGAAGUACGUAUCACCUAACAAUCCACCUAAACGUGUACCUGGCCGAUCUCGAAGGUCCGGAUUUGCCGUCAAACCUGCAGUGCAGGUCAACUCCUUAGUUAGACGCUCUCAUGACUCGGUUUCAAGCAGCUGCAACUCACUCUCGGCCUCUUUCACUGAAGAGGAGCUCCAGAGACUCUGUGGGGGGCUUGACUUGAUAGCUACAAGCAACACGUCUACAUUCGAUGCCAGUCUUCAGACUUUAGCCCAAGUCCUGGAAUCUACUCCUAUUAACAAAGGACCCAGCAGCCGGUUCCCACAGCCGAAAUCCGUGCACUUCAGAUCCCCUCUCCUCCUCCCUCCCCGUAAAGAUCUGGAAAUGAGAGACGGCAACUCCCCUGUCCAGGAGUCUGAGAAUAACAGGCCCCCAACAACCAGCAAUGUGCUUGCAACCAAGACAGCAAGAAGAACCACGCUCCCUGCCAAGCCAUCCUCCCGGAGUUCUGCUGCAGGUUCUAAUAGAGUUGUGGCCCCUGUUAAGGCGCAGGCUCUUCCAGUUUUGAGAGAGAAAAGGUGGAACUAGCUAUGAUGCACGACUAGUGAAUCAGCACUAGUUAAGGUCUGUACAUUAUGUUCAAAGAAAGGCCUACUUGGUGGGCUUAGUCUUAAUUUAGUAGUAAGAUUAGGAGGGGGGAAUCAUUCCAAUGAUUUCCAACUGUGGGAAACUAGCAUUGUAUACUUCGCAUGAUGAGAAUAUGAAUAUGAUAUCGGCAUCAAUCUUUUCUAGAUCAAAA